AUGGGGGAGAUUCGCUUCGAACGCCUAGAGACGGAGGAGCUAUUAGCCCAAAUGGUCAAGGAGGAGCUGGAGUACAGGGCAUCCAUAGGCCGCUACUCUGGAAAGUUCCAGGCGGUGACGCACUUCUUUGGUUACCAAGGAAGGUCAUCAAUGCCCUCGACAUUCGAUGCGAAUUUGGCAUACGCUUACGGCAACCUCACGGGUCACUGCUGCAGCAUCCGCGGGUUAUGCGGGAACCCGAAAGAAUGGCAUCUAGGCUCUGUGCCAUUCGUGUCGCUGAUGCGGCUAGUGCCUAAUGUCCAGGACAAUCCGACUUUGACUGCCGCGACGCAUAAGACAGGCACAUCGGCUGCAGACGGGAUAGUGGACCGCACUUCAAGGACCCCAAGCGUGACUGAGCAGCCUGUUAUUCCCAGCUCCGAAGUCAGCCUAGACGGCAAGGCUUACAGGUAA